AUACCACCCCUCGAACGAACAAUCCUGAAUAAAUUAAAAGCAGCCGACGGAGAAUAGAGAUCAGAUUAGAAAUGGCUUUCCGAACCCUAGUAACUAAAACAAGCUUACGGUCAAGUUUUGAGCAGAUACGAGGAAUACAGACGACUCCGUUCACUCUACCGGACCUAGCUUACGACUAUGGUGCACUAGAGCCGGCGAUUAGCGGUGAGAUAAUGAAGCUGCACCACCAGAAGCAUCACCAGACUUAUGUCACCAAUUACAACAAAGCUCUCGAACAGCUCGAUGCCGCUGUCUCCCGGUCUGACUCUACAAGUAUUGCUAAACUCCACGCCGCUCUCAAAUUCAAUGGCGGAGGUCAUAUCAAUCAUUCGAUUUUCUGGAAGAAUCUUGCUCCAGUUGCGGAAGGAGGUGGUGAGCCUCCUAAGGGGUCCAUUGGAGAUGCUAUUGACACUCAAUUUGGUUCGGUGGAGGCAUUAGUUCAGAAGAUGAAUGCCGAAGGGGCUGCUUUACAGGGUUCGGGAUGGGUGUGGCUUGGUUUGGACAAAGAACUGAAAAGGCUGGUGGUAGAGACCACUGCAAAUCAGGACCCUCUGGUUAGUGGCGGAUCUAAUUUGGUUCCCCUGCUUGGUAUUGAUGUAUGGGAACAUGCCUACUACUUGCAGUACAAAAAUGUUAGGCCAGAUUACCUGAAGAACAUAUGGAAAGUCAUUAACUGGAAAUUCGCCAGUGAAGUUUAUGAAAAAGAGUUUCCUAAAACUUGAUAGAAUGAUAGGAACCAUCUGUGAGAGCUGUUCGGACAUGGUACUUGGCAGGUGCAGCUGUUCUGUGAAGGUAUCUGCUAAUAAAGUGACAGACUAGGAUGGAUGUUAUCUGUGCUGUUUUGGGUGGUGCUUGUAUGUGCAUCCCAGAACUUAAAUUUUAUGUUAUCCUCUGCUGUCUUGGUGUUUAAAAUUUCUUUUACUGUAAUUUCAAGUCUUUUGACCGUGUC